AAUAUGUGAUGAUUAACUGGACUUUCCUGCCUGAUUUGUGUUAGGCUUUAUAUGCUCAUGUUGUUCUCCAGUGGAUUACAAUUGCUUGCUUAAAGCUUCUCAGUCAAUCUGUGGAUGUGGAACAGGAUCAUUUAAACCAUGAGCAGUCCAAAGUGUCCCAGUUGUCAGCAAUCUGAUAUCAGAAAGUUGGAUGGACAGCGUGCAGUCUGCAAAUCUUGUUCUAAAGCAAAGAGAACUGUGUUUCAGUUCUGCUGGGCAUGUCAGAGGGAAUGGCCAUACGAUGCUUCAACCACCAACUCCUGCAUGCUUCCGAACUGUGCGUUUCGUGCUGCCCUCCUCAGCGUCAAACAUAUCCAUGACCCGCAAAGCUCAGUGAAUGGAUGCCCAUACUUUAGGGCCUGUCUGGGAUGCCAUGCCCUGUUAACACACAGUGGUGAAGGCUGCCCAAACAUCAUUUGUCCCCAAUGCGACAAGGAGUUCUGCUUUCGUUGCUUGCGCCCAGAAUGCAAUGACAAUGAAUACUAUGGCAGUGAUGAUGAAGAUGAUACUGAGACAGAGCCCUGUGUGAUAGUGGAUAAUGCUGAGAUCCUUAAACAUCUGGGACUCUAGAGGAUGAUGAUAAACUAUUAAAAAUAAGAUUUCACAAUAAAAUAAA